AUGGAUGGGCCACCGCCUCCUCCGCCGCCGCAUGGUGAAAACCCUCAUACCACCGAAGGCGAAUACCGCAGAUCUUCCGACUUGCCGACAGGGAACUACGAUAUCUUUGUCAUUCCCCCGCACUCCUCCGGUUCCGGUUUCCUAUAUCUUCCCUCCUUGCAGACAAACCGCAACAGCUUCUUCGCAGGCGCCGCAAGUACAAUGCUAUUGGUCAUUGCCUGGUCCCUGAUCUCACCGGCAGUCAAAACGUGGUACAUUGCUGCUGUCUCCUCAAAUGGCACUGGCCAUAGCACUAUGGCAAUGAUUGUUGUGGCUUUGGGAGUAGGCAUUGCUGGGUGGUUGGCUGGAUUGUCGCAGUCCAAGAUGGAUGGCUUCUUUGGUGGAAAGGGAGGCUUCUCGGGAGCUGGUCCUGGUCCUGGCACUGGUGGGCCAAAUACGAACAGCCAAUCUAAUGCCAACCAGGGCAAUGGACAGCAGAACUAUGGGGGUGGACCGGGACAGCAGCAGUAUAACGGAUCGGGACAACAACGGCAGCAACAUGGAAAUCCUGGAGGACCAAAUCCGGGCAACCAGUACGGUAAUCAGAACAAAACUAAUGCCAAUUCUCCUCCGAAUCCGGAAGCAGAGAAGGAAAAGGAGAAAGAACGAGAAAGAGAGAGGGAAAGGGAAAGGGAAAGAGAGCGGGAGCAGGAGAGGGAGAAGGAAAGGAAGGAGAGAGAAAGAGAAAAGGAGCGGGAGAGGGAGAGGGAAGAGAGAGAAAGGGAAAAGGAGAAGGAAAGAGAAAGAGAAAGAGAAAGACAAAAAGAGAAGGAGAGGGAGGAGAGGGAAAGAGAGAAACAGAAGGCCGAAAAGGAGCGCGAACGCGAAGAGGCCAAGCGUAAAGAGGAAUUGCGCCGAAGGAUGGAUGAAUUCAAGCGUAAGCGAGAUCAAGAAGCCAAGGAGAAGCAAAGGGCAGCGGAGCGCGAAGCCAUGGAGAAAGAGUUGAAGGAGCGUCGAGAGCAGCUUGAACGAGAGAUGGCAGAUGCCAAGGCAGCUGCUGAGAAAGAAGCUCGCGAACGCUUGGAGAAAGAGGUCGCCGAGGCUCGUGCAAAGCAUGAAAAAGAAGCUGCUGAAGCCAAGGCUGAGGCUGAAAGGCUCGCUGCCGAAGCAAAGGCGACGACCGACCGCUUGGCGAGAGAGGCAAAGGAAAAGGCUGCCAAAGAGGCCGCCGAGAAAGAAGCAGCUGCUAAGGCUGCAGCUCAGAAAGAGGCCAUGGCCAAAUUCGCUGCCCUCAAAGAAGCCGCGGCAAAGAGAUAUGCUGAGAAGAAGGCCCAAGAGGCCAAAGAGAAAGCAGCGAACAAAAAACCUGCUAGUCCUGCCAGCGCUACCAGUGCUCCUCGGACUCCUUCCCCCAAGAAACAACCGCCCUUUCCAACUGCCAGGACGACCGUGGAGGAAGAUGAUGCAUAUUCAUUUCGUCCCUACGAUCGUCCACGCCGGCCAUAUGGCGGCGCAUCUGGCUCUGGCUCUGCUUAUUCUGAAUCAUCAUAUGCCCCAUCUCAAUCGACAGCUCGGACAACACCUCCACCAUCAACCCGCAGUGCAUACUCCACCAAGGAUCCUGACAAGAUCGUGAUCCAAGGAGUUUAUCAAUUCAACAACGCUUUCAUGAAAACCCCAGUUUCCCAACUCGUCUCAGGCCAGGGCAUGGUAACAGACGGACUCGUGCUCCGAAUCACCACCGAGGGACUCUUCGUCGACGACGACCUUAGAGGAGUCGGACAACGCGAAUGGGACGUGAAAGCCUGGACUCUCAAACUCACUGAGGUCUGGUGUCCCCAAAUGGGUGCCCCACCCGCCAAACCUGGCUCCAGCAACCCCUUCUCCUUCCGUCGCGGCGGUGGUGCCCAUUCAGUGCCUACGAAUGAAGAAUCCGAUGCCUUCCUUGUAAACCUUCUCAAAGUCUGCAAGAAUACCUGCCGUCUAGCAUCCCCAAGUGCAUGCUUCGCUCGCAGCGCCACGGCCAGUGGAGUCAACGACGCUCGCGCUCCUCAGUCCGAAUUCCGCGGUCUUCACGUUCUCCGCGCCAGUAUCCGUGAUCAGGAGGGGAAGCGCUACGUUUUCGUGCUACAGGACACUGAGGCUUGGAAGGUUGCUAUCGGCCUCCAGCGUCUUCGUGCUGGAGCUCUCGUCCGAAAUCUGGGCGUCACUGCUCUAUCAAUCCCAGAUUGCAAAAGCAUUCUCGGAGGUCUUGGCUACGUCUAA